ACGAUCUAGCAAUCGACGACGUCCAAAGAAGAUAUAAGAACUGACGCCCAAAACAAAGAAGCCGAUAGCGGCUGAAACGACGACGAACCCCCAAAAAUACUGGUGAACGUGAAUGGAGAAACGUACAGAGGCCAGUUGAUUCGCGCGCGGCCCCUUCAUGGUAGUGGUGAAACAUAGUUGGGUGUGUGUAGACGCACAAACCAGAAAGGUUCCAAAAAACUUGUUCGAAUUUUAAAAUCGUCACUUCCAAUCUGGCCAUCGAAGCCGCGAGGGACGUCGCCGUUUAGCUCUUCAAAGUUGAGUUUGAUUAAGAGUUUUUAAAAGGAAUAGUGUUAUCAGUUUUUAAAACAACAUAAAAGAACUAAACAGUUGAAAGUGAAAAGUGAACUCAAAUCGGUACCAAUCCACGUGUGUUUUUUUGCGCAAAAACGGCAUUAAAACCAUCCAAGAUGGCUUUCGCGUUGCUGAGAAACUGUGCACGUUCAGCGGUUCCGCUGCUGGAACGCAAUUCAUCAUCGCUUGCUGUGAUUGCUGGGUCUGGUUCCCAAACCAGCACCAUUCUAACGGAGAAGUACAACGGCGAAAACUUAAUCACGAAAACGCAGAUCAACUUUGUCAGUACCAAUGUGCGAAAGUACUCAAAGAAGAGCAGCAAACCGGAGCGAGCCUACGCCAGUGAUUCCGAUUCGGAUUCGGACGAUGAGCGGACGGAGCCCAAGAACAGACGGCCGCAGCGAAAGGAACGGGGCAACACGGAAUUCUGGCGGCGCAAGAUGCGCACCCUGCACGGUCUGCUGGACGUGAACAAGGACGGCGUCAUCUCGUACGACGAUUUCCAGCUGCUGACGCAAAAGUUCAAAUCGCUGGGCCACCUGAACGACCAGGCGAAGGCGGAAUUCCGUGACAUUAUGAAGCGCACCUGGACGGAACAGUGGGGCGAGAUUACGCCGUACAACCUGGUGACGGUCGAGCAGUAUCUGGCCGAUAUGCACCACGUGGUGAAUGAUAAGGAUUUGAGGAAGAAGGUGCAUCGAUUUUUGCCGUAUUUGUACAAGGCCGUGGACAAGGACCACUCCGGGUCGAUCUCGCUGGCGGAGUUUAAGCUGUUUUUCCGCUGUCUGGGGCUGACGGAAGAGAAUGCGGCCGUUUCGUUUGCUGUGAUUGAUAAAAACGGGGACGGGCAGAUCACGUUGGAUGAGUUUAUCAAGUUGGGGCGUGAUUUUUUGCUGACGGAGAACGAGGAUAAUGUGUCCAAGCUUUUCUGGGGACCGCUGGUGGAGCAUUGACUGUUGGAGGUUUGCUUCUUUAAGAAAUGGUGAUUUUUUUUGUACUUGAGAGUUGACAAUAUAUUAUAUGUGAAAUACGUUUG